CACUGGUUGACAAAAUGCAGCAUAAAACUCUUAAAUUAAGCGAAAUUAAACAAAAUAUACGAUAUGUACUUGAAAAUUUACAACAACUGGAGCACCUAACUGACAAUGACGCCCAGGAUUUCAAUGCAGAGCAGGCGGAGGAACUGCAGCGCAGCACGACAACCCUGCUGGAUGCACUUGACCAAGUGCCCGUGGCCAAAGUAGCCGGCAUACAAAAACAAAGGCGCCGCCGGCGUCGCUUGGAUAAACAAAAGAAAAAGGAGCCCAAAUUGAAAGCCAAGAAGGCAAAGCAGGGCUUGCAGUCGAAACCAAAGGUAUCCUUUGAACCAUCGCUGACUUCCAGGGAGCAACAGGCAGAGCACAUCUCCCUGAAGAAACGCCAUGAUGCCGCCUCAAUAUUGCACACUUUGGAUCUUCUGGAGAAACUGUGUAAAUCUAGGGGAGGAGACAAGCUGGCCCUCAGCCAGAAGCUGGCCCAAAUGCGUGUGGUUUGGCGCAGAGUCCAGCAGGAGAAUGAAGGCGACCAUGACAGGGAGUCCCAGAAGAGGGUUUCCUCCAUAGAAUCGCAAUGGCAGGCGGUUUUCUUCGGUCAAUCUUCAGAUUUUGUUAGGGAAAACAAGGAGACUUUCUGCCAGAGGCGUUCCAUAUGGGAUUCUUAUAUAAGCUAUGGGCAGAGAGCGUCCUGUAUUCCCAGAGGAUGGGUGCUACCGCCUGAAAGUGCUCCAGAUCUAUGGACGGAAUACAGAACUGCAUAGAUAUUCAUUUAUUCUUAAGUAACCCUCUUCUAAUAAGUACUAUUAAUAAUUA